AACACCAUGCCGUCACCCGCCUCCCUCUUCUUCUUCUUCCUACUCUGUUUUCUUUCAUUUUCCAUUUCCGAUCAAGACAAUGAAACCAAUGCCUUCGAGGAAUCACUUCUCCACCAGGCCUGCUUCAACACCACCGCGCACGAAGCCUGCUUGCUGCGCAUCCGAGGGUCCCCCGCCAGCCGCCUCUCCCGUCCCAUCUCCAUCCUCCAAAGCGCCGUCCGCGGGGCCAUUGAUGAGGCCGUGCGUGCCGCCGGCACCGCCUCCGACCUCGCCGACGCCUCCGCCAGCCUCCGCGAGGAGACGGCGCUCCGCGACUGUGCCGAGCUGCUCAGCUUCUCCGUCGACGAGCUCGACUGGUCGCUGGCCGAGAUUGGCCGGCUAGUCGCCACCAGCCGUUCCGCUAGCAGCGAGGCCAACCUCCGCGCCUGGCUCAGCGCGGCCCUCGGCAACCAGGACACCUGCCUCGAGGGCUUCGACGGCACUGACGGUCGCGCCCGUCGCCGCAUAGAGCGGCGGAUCGCGGAGCUGACGCAGCUCGUCGCCAAUUUGCUCGCCAUGUACAAACGGAUGCGGAGCAUCAUCCCGCACGCCUCUCCCCCGAGAAACAACACCAAGAGGAUCCCCGCACCGUUUCCGCCGCCGUCGUGGGUGGCGGCGGAGUCAGAUCUGAUGCGUGCAAGCAUGAAGUCACUUCGCGUCGAUGCAGUGGUUGCGUCGGACGGCAGCGGGCGUUACCGGUCAGUCAGCGAGGCGGUCAACGCUGCGCCAAGCUACAGCGCGAGAAGGCACGUCAUCUAUGUGAAGAAGGGGGUGUACGUAGAAAACGUGGAGGUGAAAAAGAAGAAGAGAAAUAUAAUGAUGGUCGGAGACGGUAUCGGAGCGACGGUAAUCACCGGAAAUAGAAACUUCAUGCAGGGGUGGACUACCUUUAGAACUGCUACCUUUGCGGUAUCUGGGCCGGGCUUCAUCGCCCGGGACAUCACCUUUCGGAACACUGCUGGAGCGGAGAACCACCAGGCGGUGGCGCUGCGCGUCGACUCCGACCGUUCCGCCUUCUUCCGGUGCAGUAUCGAGGGUCACCAGGACACGCUGUACGCCCACUCGCUCCGCCAGUUCUACCGCGACUGCCACAUUUUUGGCACCAUCGACUUCAUCUUCGGCAACGGGCUCGUGGUGCUCCAGCGCUGCCACAUCCACACCCGUCGCCCGCUGCCGGAUCAGAAGCCCACCAUCACGGCGCAGGGCCGGAAGGACCCCAACCAGAACACCGGCUUCUCCCUCCAUGGCUGCUUCGUCCAUGCCAACUACCCGACCUACUUGGGCAGGCCAUGGAAGGCCUUCUCGCGGACCGUGAUCAUGCAGUCGUACCUGGGCGCGCAGGUGCAGGCCGGCGGAUGGCUUGAGUGGGCCGGAGAUUUCGGACUGAGCACGCUGUGGUACGGCGAGUACGGGAACUACGGGCCGGGCGCCAGGUUGAGCGGCCGCGUGGGGUGGCCCGGCUACCACGUCAUCCGCGACGCGGCGGUGGCAGGCUUCUUCACAGUCCGGCGGUUCAUCGACGGCCUCACUUGGCUGCCGCGUACGGGGGUCGAAUUCACCGCCGAUCUCUAUAAAUAGCUACCUGUUUACGUGCUAACUAAAAUUUUCAGUUAAUUAAUUAGAUACAUUUAUGCCAGAUAUUAAUUGUUGAAUGAUCCACCAGUUCAGCUGUAUGGAUUUGUAUUGGAUUUCAUGGUUCGCUUCUAGUAGAAAUAAAAUGA